AUGAGCAGCAACAAUGGCAACGAGCAUUCGCAACAGCAGCAGCAGCAGGCGACGCCUGCCACAUCAGCUGCAACAACGGCUGCAGCAGCAACAAGCACUGCCAACUCGGAGGCUAAUCCAGUUGCAGGAUCACAGACAUCGCGACCUGCAACGGCGCCCGCACGCUCCAUCAGCAGCAGCAACAACAACAAUAACAAUGCCACCAGCAGCAGCAGCUUUUACAGGGUCAACCUGAGCAGCACGAACAGCAGCAGCAUCAACAACAACACCAGCUGCAGCAGCAGCGGCAACAGCAACAGCAACGCGAACCAGGCCAGCAACAACAAUCACCAUGAGAGCAGCAACACCACGUUGGUGGUCAAAACCAGCAGCACAGCAGCGGGAGCCACUGCAUCAGCGGCCGCCACCACCAACAACAACCACAUCUAUGUGAAUCCGCACAGCUACGACAGCAGCACCACCGGCAGCGUGAGUGGUUCCACGGCAGUGAUGCUGCCACUGCCACUGAGUCUCCCGCUCAAUCUGCAGCAUCAGCCAACAGCCGUUGCAGCGGCUGGACCAGGAGCAACGGGAGCAACAUCACUCGACUCGCAGCAGCAACAUCCGCUGGGUGGCAGCAACACGGGAGCCAUCAGCCGCAUUGGAACCCUGACCGGAACCGCAACCGGCACCUCCGCAUCCAGCACCCUAAGCACCCUGAACACAUAUCUGUUUCCCUGCGGCGCCGACUCGGCCAGCAGCUGCGAUCUGGACAGCAACUUCAGCCAGAUGCUGGGAGCCGGCAGCGAGGGUGGCGCGAGCAGUUCCCUUAGCCAGACGACGGCGCCCGCGGGAUUGGGACUGGGCGUGCAGCUGGGGUUGGGCUUCAUCAACAGCCGGCGGCGCAUCAGGCGGCUAUUCGGUGUGGGAGACAUGGUGCCGCCUGUGGCCACGCCCACGCCCUAUGCAGCCGCCCUCAGGCGGCGCAGUUCGCAGUUGGUGCACAUGACCAAGAAGCGGGAGAGGGAGCUGGAGGAUCUGGAGCAGCAGCAGAGAAUAGCCACGGUGGCCUCGGCAAAUGCCGCUUUCCUCGAGCGCCGCGAGCAACAGCAGCAGCAACAGCAGCAGCAUCUGCAGCAGACGCAGCAACAGCAACAGCAGCAGCAGCAGCAUCUGCAGUUCGCCUUCAAUCCCUUGCAACCAGAGGCUGGCAAAAAGAAGAAAAAGAAGCCACCUGGACCGCCGGCGCACACGAGACAGCAGUCCACGCGCACCAUGGACGACCCCAUGAUGAAUCGUCCCAGGAAGAGCACACCGGCGGCCAGCAAGAGGAAGGACAAGGGACCGGAGAACCCCUAUGAGAAGUACCCAUCACCAAAAAUCCAAAAGCACCCACCGCUCUUAAGCCUCACGUAUACGAAACCAAAAACCAAAAUGAGAACAACCAAUAUCAAAAUAUUUAUGAAAAUUAUGCGGCAAAACAAGUGCUUCUAUUACCAUUUGAUUUACGCCAUUUGCUGCCAUUCGUUUGAUUUUCUUGCUUGUAACGAUUUGAAUAAAGCGAUUAAGAAUACCUGCAAAUACAUAGUAUUUUAA